AUGACACCAAAUUUCCACAUCCAAUGGAACCACCGAAGCAACCAAAUCCUCUCAGCACGACUGCCUUAUUACUCUCUCGGUCGUCUGCCAUGGCACAUCUUCUCAUCGACCCCUGCAGAAACUGGCAUUCCUCCUCCCCUUUGGCCUCUUUCUCCUCGUCCCUCCAUAGUCCAGCUUACGAUGCAUCAUCUGCUCCUCCCGGCCGUUGUGCUCCUCAUCGCCGCAGCCGAAGCCUACGCCGCUUCCUGCAGCGACGCCACCUGCGGCUGGCAGACCAUCUCCUACCCGUUCUGGCUCGCCAACUCAGGCCCCAACUGCGGCUACCCGGGCCUCGGCAUAUCCUGCCAGGACAACACCCCGAUCCUCGACCACCAGUUCCACCAGUACAGGGUCCUGCGCAUCGACUACGCCAAUCACACCGUCUCCCUCGCCGACGCCGACGCGUGGAACACGACCUGCCCGCGUCUCACCUUCAACCUCUCCCCCGACCCCAACUCCUGGCUGCAGCUCACGCGCUCCAACUCCAACCUCACCGUGCUCUACAACUGCAAGGCCAAGCUACCCCGGCCCUCCGCCGUGAAGCUCGACGGGUGCCAGGACCAGAGCAACACCUGGUACGUCCUCCCCGAUGACGGGGUCACCGGCAAAGCUUACGGGCACGGAUGCGAGGCGGCGGUGACGACGCCGGUGCUGCUGAGCAGCCUGCAUCGUCUGGCGGCUAGCCCGUCGCUCGGCGAGGUGCUGAGCGCCGGGUUCGAGAUGCGCUACGACGCCAAGUCCGAGCAGUGCGGCGCGUGCGAGCAGUCCGGCGGGCGGUGCAGAUACGGCCGCAUCGAGGAGCAUGGCGGGACGGAGUUCGCCUGCGUCUGCGACGAUGGCGCCAACGAGCGCCAGUGCGGUACGAGAUUUCCUCCUUUCAGUACUCUCCUAUCCUAUCUACUACGUGACUUCUGCGCACGAUCUGGAAUUUGCUCGCCGAACCACGCGCGCGCGCGUCUUAGCCGUGGUGGCUGCUGA